UUUGAAUGCUUUAACCUCCAGGAGACCCAAUCAGAUUUGGAGGUGAUUUUGGAAUUCCUAGAGGAGUACUACAGACAAAACACUGGAGAAAAUGGUAAGGAGAAAGGCUGGAAAAUGAAAUUAUCAGACAAGGUGUACUGGGCUGCAGGUGUGCCAGGUGUGGAUGAUUCAUCAUGUGAGCAGCUUGGGAUGUCCUAUGAGUCACCUGUUUCCUCACUGGUUGCAGGUAGAAAGGUGCGCCUGUUUCACUUCCUGUUUGAAAUGUUGGAGGAUCCAACCAUGGCCCACUGUGUGUCCUGGGUCCCAGCAGCCACUGGCGUUUUCCGCUUUUCCUCCAGAAACAAGGACCAGUUAGCGGCCCUCUGGGGGCAGAGAAAGGGCAACAAGAGGCCGAUGACUUACCAGAAGAUGUCCCGGGCCCUCAGGAACUACGCCCGGUCCGGAGAGAUUUUCAAGGUGAAGAAGAAGCUCACCUACCAGUUCAGCCCAAACACCCUGAUGUCACUGCAGAAGUGUCAUCGAGGAGAUUUGUAAUAUAAACUAGAUUUUUGUGUAGCUCAUUAUCACCUCAUAUAAGACUAAAUUAUGCUCUUCUUUCCUGUUUUUAAUGUGUAGAACCCUUAUAACCUUUCAUUUGUCAUGUUACAUCUUUACAUUUGCAUAAACUAAGUUUGUUGUAUAAAUAAUAAAGACUUUUUCUUACUGUUGCAGUUUGUGCUGUCAUUAGAGUUAGUUAAAAAAAAAAUCCAAAUAUGAAAAAUAAAGCUGCUAUGUUGUCACAUAAUCUCAGGAUAUCAAGACUAAAGCUGUUUUUCUGACACUAGUUGCACCUUUCAUCAAACCUCUUAAGCCCCUUAAAAGAUGAAAAGGCCAUAAUUA